GUUGAACCCAGGAGCCUUUUCAUGUCCAACUACUAUUAACUACCCCCACCCCACCCCCCAAUCGAUAUAUACAGAAGCAUGUAUGUAUACAUCUCCCACUGCAACAAAAAGCGUAGAACGAACUGAUCAGCUCGUUACAAUGGGCUUCGAAGUAGACGAUUGCUACGAACCAAACUCAACACCCAAACUAACUCUGUCCAAACUCCCCUACUGCAAGCCAAGAGAGCCGCCGCCCCUCAUGCAAACGCCGCCGCUCCGGCCGUCCGUUUCGGUUCCGUUCCAUUGGGAGGAGGUGCCCGGAAAGCCUAGAGCCACCGGGGGGACGGCGGUGGAGACGCCGCCAUCCUCGACCACGCCACCAUCCUCCAAGAACAAAGCAGCGGCCCGGUGCUUGGACCUGCCCCCGAGAUUGUUGCAUGACGAGUCCAAGAUUACCAUUAUGCCCUCGCCGACGACGGUGCUGGGUGGGCCGUACGUGGGCCGGUCUUUGUCCCUUGCAUGCACUUUUUCUUUCCGAAAAGGGCUUGUUUCGGGCCGCGAGGAAGGGCUGAGGCCCGCAAAGAGGAGCAGUAAGAGGAACUUCGGGUCUGGGAGGUGGGGGAGCUUCAAGGACGAGGAAAAGUUUAGUAAGGGCAAACUGGACUUUUCACGUUCACUAGGUGAUAUUUUUGAGAGUGACAGGAUCACAAGGGUUGGAAGGAAGAGGAGCUUCUUCAGCAUCAACUCCAACCUGUGGGGUGACAUUUAUGCCAGCUUGAAGCAAGCGGUCCCAUGGAGGCGUAGUCGUGAUUAAUUAGUAUAUAUAUAUAUAUAUGAAAACGUCCGUACCUGAAAAUAUCAACCUCCCUCGGAUUGAAUUUUCAGUCACGGACUU